AUGGCUGAAAGCAGUGGAAAAGAAAGAAAUUGGACAACCACUGUUAUUAUUAGCUCAUCUCUUAAGAGCUAUGAAAUUUCAACUGCCCUAGAAAAUCGAAGCUACAAGGUUCGAUAUUCAGAUUCAGUGGAAGACGGAUUAGUUAUAUUUUCUCGUUCUGGAAUUGCAUUUUUAUUGAUGGAUGCUAAUGAAUGUAUUAUGUCAGCUGAAGAAAUAUUUCUAAACAAAAUUGAGAAGUUUAUUAGUCUUCACCGAAAUAGUUUUUUGGUUCUGUCUGCUACACUCCAUGGGCCUCAGGAAUGGGAACUGAUGUUCAGGAUUCAGCAGAGAUUCCUGGGAAGUAACUUACGGAUCCUUCCAGUACACAACAUAGUAAAUGCUAUUAAUAUUAUGUGUACUAUAGCUAAGACUACCUCUAAACCAAACAUAGACACCAUCUGCUAUAGAAUGAUAAUAACUAAAGCUUACAUCAUAGAGCAAAGCCCUGUUUGGAAAACACUUCAAAAGAUAAAACUGAGUAGCGAUUCAAUUAGCCCAAACUAAAUGUUAGUGAUUCAAUUAGCCCAAUUAUAAAUGUUUUCUUUUGGAAAAAUAUUAAAGUUGUCUGUUACUAUUGUUCAGAUAUGUGUUUAAAAUGUUUAUAUUAAAUAACGUGUACAAGUAAAAGUGAUUUUAGGAGUUCUGUCUGGUAAUUCUUUUAAUAUUUAGAAAAUAAUUGGUACAGGACCUGGGGGAAAAUAGCACUUGCCUAGCACACUCCCCAACACAGAAAAAAGAAAAAAGGGAGAAAAGAAAAUAAUUGGUACAUGCAUAUAAAAUUCAUGUAGUUUCUUU